CAAGUCAUGGAACGGGGUAAUCUAGGGCUCAAGAAUUGUAUGGAGCAAUCUGUCCCUGUUAGGGUUACACGUGGACAUCGGUGUGUGAAUAGUUACGUUGGAAAGGUUUACACCUAUGACGGCUUGUAUAGGGUUGUAAAUUACUGGGCAGAGAAGGGUAUUUCUGGAUUCACCGUUUUUAAAUACCGAUUAAAACGUGUUGAGGGUCAACCUGUGUUAACCACCAACCAGGUACAUUUUACUCGAGGCUGUAUUCCCAACUCCAUUUCUGAAAUACGAGGGUUGGUAUGUGAGGACAUUUCUGGUGGACUGGAGGAUAUUCCUAUCCCGGCAACCAAUUUAGUUGAUGAUCCACCGGUAGCACCGACAGGUUUCACUUAUAGCAAGCAUAUUAUUUGCGCCAAAGGUAUAAAGCUCCCUUCAGCUUCCACAGGAUGCAAGUGUCGUGGUUCAUGUCUUGAUCCAAGAAUUUGUUCUUGCGCUAAACUCAAUGGUUCUGAUUUUCCCUAUGUUCACAAAGAUGGUGGAAGACUUAUUGAGCCAAAGGCUGUUGUUUUUGAAUGUGGUCCAAAUUGUGGAUGUGGACCUGCCUGUGUCAACCGCACUUCUCAGAAAGGAUUGAGAUAUCGGCUUGAGGUUUUUCGUACUCCAAACAAGGGCUGGGGUGUGAGAUCAUGGGAUUAUAUACCUUCUGGAGCAACCAUUUGUGAAUACAUUGGUUUUCUAAUGAAGACAGAUCUGAUUGACCCUGCAGCAGAAAACAGCUAUGUUUUUGACAUUGAUUGCUUGCAAACAAUGAAAGGGCUGGAUGGGAGGGAGAGACGGUUGGGUGAGGUUUCUUUGCCAGGAUCCUGGCAGAAGGAUGUUGAGAAGACUUCAGAUGGAGGGCCAGAGUAUUGCAUUGAUGCAGUCUCUGUUGGCAAUGUUGCGAGGUUUAUUAAUCAUAGUUGUCAACCUAAUUUAUUUGUUCAAUGUGUGUUAAGCUCCCAUCACGACAUUGGCUUGGCAAGAGUGGUUCUAAUGGCAGCUGACAACAUACCACCUCUGCAGGAAUUCACAUAUGAUUAUGGCUAUGUGCUGGAUAGUGUUAUGGAUCGUGAUGGCAAGGUUAGACAAAUGGCUUGCCACUGCGGUGCUGCUGAUUGUCGUAGGCGUUUGUAUUAAUGGGAUUUAUAACCAUUCUUUACGUGUUACCUGUAGCACACAUUACACAUUUUUUGCGAAUUUAUAUGUUGAUUUCUCAUCAUCUGCUCUUCUGCGAAGUGGUUAACGAAUGCUGGGAAUUUGCCCUAGUGUGUAUCUCCCUGUCGCCAAAUGAGAAAAGGAACUUGUUCUUUUGA